AUUCAGAGUGGGGAAGGGGGGGGCUGGAGCUGAGUCCAGACUGCCUUCGCCUUGCAUCAUCCUGGUUGGGUGGGAGAGGGGCCGGUCGGCGCUGACAGCCUUGGCUGCGCUUCUGCUGGCGAGCCUGCCUGCCUGCCGUGCGUAAAAGGCUCCGAGGGCGCACGACGGUUUCCCGGGGAGAUUGUCGUGCUGGUCCUGAAGGAGCACCAGGGGGCCCCUUUUUAAAGCUCCGCCAGCGGCCCGGGAAGCGUCUCCUCUCCUGUCAGCAGCUCUGCGCUCCUUCCUUGCCCGUGGCAGCAUGGAGAAGCCAAACGAGAGCCGGAAUGGCUACCUGGAGCCGACGGUGGUGUCAGGGUUCGAGGCCGGAGACAAAGGGGCGCGGCGGUCCCGCUGGAAGCUCUUCCACCUGCAGGGCUUCGGGCGGUUCCUGAAGAAAAACUGCAUUGUGAUCUUGACCGUGUCCGGGGUGCUCCUCGGCGUGGCCAUGGGCACUGUCAUGAGGCGCUUGCACCUCACCCAGGCUCAGGUAGUCUACUUGGCCUUCCCAGGGGAGAUGCUGCUCCGCAUGCUCAAGAUGAUCAUCCUACCGCUGGUGGUGUGCAGCCUGGUCUCCGGAGCCGCUAGCCUGGACACCAGGUCACUGGGCAAGCUGGGCGGCAUCGCCAUCGCCUAUUUCUUGGUCACCACCUUGAUAGCCGCGGCCCUCGCCAUUGCCUUGGGCUUCAUCAUCAAACCCGGGAUUGGCGCUGGGACGCUCAACAAAAAUUCCCUGGGCUUGGAUGACUCGGUGACUACCAGCAAAGAGACAGUGGACUCUUUCCUGGACUUAAUAAGAAACUUGUUUCCAUCAAAUCUUAUUGCUGCAGCCUUUCGAUCGUAUGCUACUGACUAUAAAGCAAUAGUAAGAAAUGCAACCAUUGGAAAUGUUACCAUUGAAAAGUAUAUUACUGAUUAUAAUGAAUUAGUAAAAAAUGGAACCGCUGCUAUUGGAAAUGCUAGCAUUGAAAAGUUCCCAGUUGGCACUGAGAUUGAAGGAAUGAAUAUCCUGGGGCUAGUCCUCUUUGCUCUGGUUUUGGGAGUAGCCUUGAAAAAGCUUGGCCCUGAAGGAGAAGAACUCAUCCGUUUCUUUAAUUCUUUCAAUGAGGCAACCAUGGUCUUAGUAUCUUGGAUUAUGUGGUAUGUACCUCUUGGUAUUAUGUUUCUUGUUGGAAGCAAGAUCGUGGAAAUGGACGAUAUUAUCCUGCUGGUGACGAGCCUUGGAAAAUACAUUUUUGCUUCUAUUCUGGGCCACAUCAUCCAUGGAGGAAUCAUUUUACCACUUAUUUAUUUUGCAAUUACACGUAAAAACCCUUUUACUUUUCUGUUAGGACUUAUAACACCAUUUGCGACAGCCUUUGCCACUUGUUCCAGCUCUGCAACUCUUCCAUCGAUGAUCAAAUGCAUUGAAGAUAACAAUGGAGUAGACAAAAGAAUUAGUAGAUUUAUACUGCCAAUUGGGGCUACUGUGAACAUGGAUGGAGCCGCUAUUUUCCAGUGUGUGGCUGCUGUCUUUAUUGCUCAGCUGAACAACUUUGAACUCAAUAUUGGGCAGAUCUUUACUAUUCUUGUUACUGCCACUGCGUCCAGUGUGGGAGCUGCCGGAAUCCCAGCUGGAGGAGUGCUCACCAUAGCUAUUAUCCUGGAGGCGAUUGGACUUCCCACCAAUGAUAUCUCCCUCAUAUUGGCAGUGGACUGGAUUGUGGACCGGACCACUACAGUUGUGAACGUAGAAGGGGAUGCCUUCGGAGCAGGUAUCCUUCAUUAUCUAAAUCAAAAGGAAACUAAGGAGAAAGAGGCAGAUGUAAAUGAAGUCUGUGUCGAAGCUGUUCCAAACAGCAAGGCUGAGGGGGAAACAUCACCGCUGGUAAUGCAUAAGAACCAAGCCAUCCCAUUCACCACUCCAGCAUCUAGCACGAAAGAUCUCGAAUCAAAAGAAUCAGUCCUAUGAAUGAGAAGAAGGGGGCACUCUGCUGGUUUUGCAUUUUGGAGACAGCGACAAUGUUAACUUCAGAUAGACUGUGCAGCCAUGUGGAUUGAACAGAUAUGUGUCCCUUUUCCCAUUUCGGUGGUAUGGAACACAGUGGUACCCAGCCACAGAUGACUGUGUGCUGGAGUGUGUGUGUGGUGUGUUUUACCUUUUGAGGACAGACACUUUUGUGAUGAGAUAGUGAUGUUUCAUAUUUAUGCAUAUGUGCAAAAUAUGCAACACUUGUGUACUCAUAUGAAUGAAAACUGUUUCAGCAAGACUUUUUCUUAAUGUUGACAUAUUAAAGGCCCCCUGCGCAAGGUUGAUUUUUGAAAGUCAGAUCAUACUCGAUAAGGUCACCUUGAUAGCGCAGCUUAUACAGGAAGAUAAAUUGAGUUUCCUCCCAUUAUUCUAUCAAGCCGGCUAUAUUAUGAAAGGCACCCUCUCCAUGAAGGGGUAAGUUGUCUUCAUUUUUAAGGCCACAGAUUUUAGGGCAUGGCCGGCUUGCCAUGGCCAACAACCACUGCUGUUCCUGCUAGUGGUUGUUGCAGAAAUCAGAAAAAUUAAACCACCUGGAGGAUGCAGAGUGGAAUCGAACCAAUGUAUGUCAGAUAUACGUAACUAAAGAAGAUUAGUCCUAGGUGUCUUAAAAAGUACAAUUUUAAUUUAUACCCACUCCACCUCUCAAGCCAUGCUAUCUGGGUAUAUAGAACACAGGGAUAUUUGAAAAUGAUAUUUAGAGGGUCCAAAUAAGAAAUGGCAAGAAUCUUGACUAUCUCCUAUAACUAUACAAAAAUGGCCACAAUGAAAUUGAUGUGGUAAGUUCUAAAACUUUUUAUAAACAAUAUACUUAAUUUGUCUCUGAGCGUAUCUCAGUUCUUUAUGCUAACAUCUGACUAUAUAGAGAAAAGGCAUUUGUAAUGUAAUUGAGCAUUCUGGAUUAUUAGUGUUAACGUUCAUAUUAUAACCUUAUUGAAGCAAGAGCUGAUUUUAACCUUCCUGUGAAGAUGCCCUAAUUCUCUUUUCGUUCUUAUUGCUGGUACUACACACCUUAUAACGUAAGGCCUUAAUCUUCAUACAGACCAAAGAAAAUGCUUUUUCUUGGAACAGUAUGUUCAGUAUUUUAAUCAUGACUGUUAAAAUGCUUCAGUACAGCAUUUCUUAGUCUUUAAUCCACUACCACCCACUAAGAAGACAGCAUUAUCAUUAAAUGCCCCCUAAGCCACAGAUAAAAAUCAGGGCAUAAAAAAAGCACUCCACACAAGGCAGCUUAUUCUGACAUAUAGGUAUAUAGAGCUGUGCAUGUACAUCCCUACUCAGAUUGUAUUUAAUGCAUUCUGUCCUGUUUGGAAGGAAGGAACGGAGGACAGAAUGGGGGCUUGAUUCCACCUUCCCACUUUCCCCCAAACAGGUGAUUUAACACCAUCCAGCUGGGACUCUGGAGUGCACUUUGAAUCCAGGCACCUGCACACAGUCCCUGGAGUGUGUUUCUCUGUACUGGACUGGGAGUCCUUUAGUGUAGGAUAAAAUGGGAUAAUUUGAUACUUUCUGUCAUGUAAUCCUUGGUAUAAGGGUAAGAAACUUAUUCUGAUUAUUUUACUAAAAACAAUACCUCUAUUUUAAUAUCUGCCUCUUAGGAGAAAUGCUUGUUGAAAUUACCCUUUUUUUAAAUUCAGCACAGUUUGAUUUUACUGGAAGCUCUUGAAGAAGGGUUGCAUGUGUAUACUGCCCCACAAAUUCUUCUUUCUCUAUGGGAACAUAGUCAUAUUUAUUGUGUGUGUCUUUCUGGCUGUAUUAUCUGUUAUGCAAAGAAUGCUGUUGUGAAAUGUUCUUGUUGGAUUCUGUAGCAAAAGGUCCACAAUAUGCUGACUGACAAAGGCACUGUCUUGGCAUCCCAGGUAGUUAAACCGGCCCUAUUUGCACAGAUUGCUAGGUUCUCUUUUGCAACAAUUAUACAAACUGUAAAUAAUCCCAUUGCCUUUCCGUUAGAUAAUCUUUAAACUUGCAUCUAGCUCUUGCUGAAUUUGUUGAGAACGCUUCAAAAAGGAUAGGGGUAUAUUCUCACUGUCUAGGCUCUCGAUUACAGGGUCCCUCUUUGUAGGAAAGUCAGACAUACAGACGGAGAUUACAGAUGGUUCAGAUGAUCGUAGUUUGUAUUGAAGAGAGAGGCAGUUCUUGUUUCUGGCCCCAGUUUAUAUCUUGGUUUGGAGUUAACUAGUCUUCUUUCAAUUUACACAUUGAAACUACAUAUGAAAACUAGUAAGAAAGGAUCAAUCAGCUUGGAGCAUUAGCAAAUUGCCAGCAGAUGUUUGACCAAGAAAUGAAACCAUUCAAAAGUUGAGAGUAGCAUCUUUCCUAACAGGCCCAAUUAAUCUUAUCAGUAAUAUCAUCUUAAAUUCUGUUCUCCAUGAAAUAUCCCAACUUCUCAACCAGUAAUUUCACAGUAGCUGCUUGUGGAAGAGCAUCUAGAACCACCUUUCUUUUGCAGGCCAAACUACACAAGAUAUCCAUGGUCAGAUCUCCCAACAUUUAUUUUUAGCUUAACAGCCGCUUUAGGGUCUCACCUCCUUCCCCUCUCCAAACCGGACUGGGUUGAGGAAAGGGCGUUUUAAUCCUUUUCCUUCCUGAACUAUUUCCCCUACUUUAAAUUGCCCCCAGUGUUCUUCGCUGUGGAGAUAAAGGAGGUUACCAUGCUUACUUCUCUUACCUACAAUAGAAGAUACAGGGUGGAAUGAGGAGAGGCUAAGUUGGUAUAUAAUUACUUUGCUCUAUAGCAGGGGUGGCCAUUCCGUGGCUCUCCAGAUGCUGCUGAAUUACAGCUCCCAUCAGUCUCGGCCAACACAGCUCAUGGUCAGGGAUGAUGGGAGCUAUAGUCCAGCAGCAGCUGGAGAGCCACAGAGUGGCCACCCCUGCUCUAUAAGGUAUAAGAACCUAUGACAAAAGGUCAAUCUAGUCCAGCAUCCUCAGUGAUCAGUCUGUUGCCCAUGGGAAGCCUACAAGCAAGGCAAGAGUGCAGUAGCCUUUUGAUCCCCAGCAGCUAGAGUUCCAAUGAAUGUUGCCUCUGAUCCUGGAGGUAACAGACAGCCAUCACGAUUAGUAGCAAUCAAUAGCCUCGUCCUUCAUGUUGCCACUUAGCAGUUUAAAGUAGCAUAGUCCAGAAAGAGGGUGAUUGCCGCCUCAGUGAGGCCACAGACAUAUGCUGAUGAGCCAUGAGUAGCCACAACUCCAUGCUGAGUCAACACAACUCCCCCUAACUCCUUAUAGUAUUAACUGUAGCAAACACUGUUUGUGACUCAAAAUUUUUUGAAAGGGGGGGGGAGACUAGUCUUCUGAAUUCACUGCAAAUGUCCCCAGUAGAAGUCGAAUCUCCGGUAAAAGGGGUCGAGGUCCACUCAGCCUUCCAUCCAUCCGUGGUCGGUAAAAUGAGUACCCGGUAUAUGCUGGGGGGUAAAGAAAGGCCGGGGAAGGAACUGGCAAUCCCACCCCAUAUAUACGGUCUGCCUAGUAAACGUUGCAAGACGUCACCCUAAGAGUCGGAAAUGACUUGCACUAUAAGUGCGGGGACACCUUUACCUUUACUUUUUUACCUUCCCAAAGAAAACCUGCAAAGUCUGCAAAGCACUGCGAGGUGAGGAAUCUUUAUUAAAAUUAUACAGGCUAUCACCAGAAAGGUAAUCUCCUCUGCUCUGGAGGAGUCAAGUUGCCUAAGAAAUACAGUAUUAAGAACCAGUACACUUUUGCCACUGUAGGAAGCUUAAACAAAGCUGUCCUGCCAAAUCUUUGAAAUAGUGAAACCAGGCUGAGAGAAUGUUCCCAUCAUUGCAGAGAAGAUAAAAGUCUUUAGGGAUGUUCUUGCCCUUAAUGAGACUUUCUUUUCAUGCUCAGUGUCGGAAUUGCAGGCUGAUUAGGGAAAAUUGAGAAGAGAAGCUAAAGAGGAAAACAUUUGUUUCUCAAUAUUUUCUUCAGUUCAAAUCUUGGGUCAGUGCCAACAUAAUUACCAAAUUGCAUUCUUCUCUUGGUAAAUAAUCCUGCUUUUUUCACUUACUGCCUCUAGCAUAUGUUUUACUAAUGAUGGAUCCAGCCUCUUUGCUUUGGAGAAAAUCAAGCUGGCACACAGCUGGAAAGUGCAUAGGACACAUAUUUUUGGCAGCUAAAAACUUCUCUUUAUCUACCAGGCAAUCCCUGGACCAAAUCCAAGGUUUCUGUAUUCUUGCUACCCCAACACCAUGUACAUUGUGUAACACAUGUCCUUUUGUACCUUUCCAGCAAGCAAAUGCAGCUGCUUUUUGAACAUGGAUGGUGCAUACUGUGUUCAGGUGCUCUAUGCACCUUUAAACUAGUUACAUGUCUAUUAGGAAUCUAGGAACCUGUCUUACAUCAGCUCAGACUGUAUUGACCUGUAACACAACACCAUUUAUUUUGACUGGCAACUGUUCUCCAUCAUCUCAGGCCCAAGCCUUUUGCAUCAUUUGCAAGCUGGUUCUUAAUUACAGAUGACAGAGACUGAACCUGAGACAUUCUGCAUGCAAAUCAUUUGCAAUGCUACUGAACUAUGGUCCUUCCCCAAUUGAUUGAAAUGGCAUGAAUGUGGUUCUAAGAAGCGUUGAAUUUUGCGAGUCAUCUUGUUUGAUAGUAAUCUUGGGUCUUUUUCAGAAACUAACCAUGGCUGUGGAGUCGGAAUCUGAGUCGUGGAGUCAGAGUCUGAGUCGGGAGCAAUUUUGGGUGGAGUCGGAGUCGGUAGAAAUGUACUGACUCUGAUUCCGACUCCGACUCCUUCAUAAAUGGCAAAUGUAUAUUAA